AUGGCGUUUGCUCUUAAAUGUUUUGUUGUUGUUCUUCUUCUCUCUAUGGUCUCUCAUGGACUGUGCCUUUGCACUUUUGGCAAGAUCCAGAUCGGAGCGGUGAGGACAGGAAGAGAAAUCGGCGGGCAGCCGGAGUGGAAAGUGACGGUAAUCAACACGUGCAAUUGUUUUCAGAAGCACGUGACUCUAUCUUGCGGAGGGUUUGCUCCUGCGAAGCCUGUCAAGCCAUUGCUGCUUCAGCCACAAGGAAACACGUGUCUUAUGAUUAAAGGAGCAGCUUUGCCAGCUGGCGCCACCGCUCAGUUCACAUACGCCGGCCAGCCUUACAUCUUCAGACCCGUUGGUUCCAAGGUCGACCCAAGUUGCACGAAUUGA